AUGGGCCUCUGGUCAAAGACUCAAAACUCUGCGUGGAUCCCCAGCCGUUUUCAUACACUGCCCAGAAAAUUCGACCUUGCCUUGUUCGAUUUCAAAAUUUUGCUGAAAAUUCUCGAAGAGAGAUCAGAACAAGAAUUGGCUAUGGAGGAUGCAACCGAGACAAUGUAUUGGUGUCACAUGUGCUCUCGAUCGGUGAACCCAGUUAUUGACGGAGAGAUCAUCGAAUGCAAUUUCUGCCAGAGCGGAUUUGUAGAAGAAAUGGAUAACCCUCCAGAUUCGGUUGCCAAUGAUCAUCAUCAAGCUGCGGAUUCUCUGUGGGCUCCGAUCUUGAUUGGGAUGAUGAACCAUCAUGACCACCACACAACAACAAACCAGGGAGCCUCAGAACCUAAUGCUGAAGAUGAUGAUGAUGAUGAUGAUGAUGAUGAUCAGAACAAUGGUGGAGAGGUUGAUUUGGACCAGCAGCUCCAAGGGAUUAUUAGCAGAAGGAGAAGUCAUUCGGCUGCGAUCCUUCAUGAUGAUGAUGAUCAGAACAAUGGUGGAGAGAUUGAUUUGGAUCAGCAGCUCCAAGAGAUUAUUAGCAGAAGGAGAAGCCAUUCGGCUGCGAUUCUUGAUCUGCUUCAGGGGAUCCGAGACGGGUUAUCGGUUGAAUCCGAGAGCAACGAGGAUAACCCUGAAAGCGAGCUUGUUGUCUUGAUCAACUCGUUUAACCAAAGGAUCAGGAUUCAAGAUUCCGUCGACACCACCUCUGUUCCUUCUGGAUCUUUGGGUGACUACUUCAUCGGACCUGGAUUCGAGAUGCUGCUCGAGCGUUUGGCCGAGAGUGACCCGGGCAACAGGUACGGGACGCCUCCGGCUAACAAGGACGUGGUCGAGGCGUUGGCCGCUGUGAGAAUCGGAGAGAGUUUGUUGCAGUGUACUGUGUGUUUGGAUGAUUUUGAGAUUGGGGUGGAGGCGAAAGAGAUGCCGUGUACGCAUAAGUUUCACAGCGACUGCUUGUUGCCGUGGCUUGAGCUUCAUAGCUCGUGCCCUGUGUGCAGGUAUCUACUUCCUACGAGGGAUGAUGAUGGUGAACCAAAGACCGAUGCAGAAACGUCGAGAAACGAUGACGAUGUCAGUGUUGCUUCUACGGAGAACAAUGGAUCAUCAGUGGACUCAAGUUCGAACAAUGGAUCAUCAGCUAAUUAAGUCUCUCACAAGUGUGAGACAGGUCACUGAACAGAGGAGGAUUUUGGUGAAGCGUUUGUGAUUAGUUACUACUUAAUUAGUGUUGAUGUUGUUUGGCUGCACAUAGUUUCUCAGAUUUUGUGGAAAGUGGAUUCUUUGGAAUUGUAAGUCUUUUUUUUGUGUGUGUGUUUGACUUUUUCUUGUUUUGCUCUGAUCGUUUCAAAAUUUUGAUCCGAUCACUUCAUUAUACAAACACAGCAAGAAUAAGAUCUACUCUUAUAAUCAGUACUAAAAAAAGAAAUCGGAAAUAGCUAACUUAUGCAA